UGAAUUGAUGAAGUAGCACAAAAUUGAGGUAGCAGUGAAAAAUUGAAAAAUUUACUCUACAAAAUAUAAAAUCUCGUAUGCUGAUGAGUAUUCAUUAUAGUAUUGUUGAACAUAAUUGCAACCCUUGUGAUUUAUUUUCUGUCUUUAUCAUCUGUGGUAAAAUGUCAUUUUCAUUUACUGAAUUUUCUGUUUUUGAUGUAUCAUACAUUUAAAUAACAAUAUUAAACAGAAAAUUAUUAAAAGGAAUUAUGGCGAAAGAUAUAACAGUUCUUGCUCCAAAUGGCAGAAGGCAAGUAGUUCACUGUACACCAGACACCAGCAUAUUACAGGUUUUAGAAGAUGUAUGUGUGAAGCAAGGUUUUCAACCAACUUGUUAUGAUUUAAAACAUCAUAAUCGUAUUCUAGAUUUGACAACAACUGUAAGAUUUUCCAAUUUACCUAACAAGGCUACCCUGGAAAUGGUUGAAGCAGAAAGAAGAAGAUUAGAAUCUAAUGUUACUAUCAGUUUAUUAUUGGAAGAUGGUGAAAGAAGAACAGCUGAUUUCCCGCCUAAUACAUCUUUAUAUGAUGUAGUGACAUCACUUUCACCAAAUGAAUUUAGCUCCUUACAAUACCCAACAAUUUUAUAUAUGCGUCAAGAAGUGGUCGGAGAGACAGGUCUCAGGGAUAAAACAUUAAGACAACUUGGACUAAUAAGUGGGCGAGCUAUUUUAAGAUUGCUAAACAAAGCUGAGGAAGGCAGGCAAGCAAAUGUGUCUACCAUAUACAGGCGACCUUUACCUGAAAAAUCUCAUAAAGAGCAGAAUAAAGAAAUAAUUACAACAAAUGAACUCCAAAAUAAUGAUGAAUUUUCUGAUCCUGGGCCCUCUGAUGUCUACAAAAAUGUGGAUUAUGCAAAAUUUGAUCCAAUUAAACACAUUAGGGAUGAAAAAAGUAAAACCGAGGAGGUCAAAUGUGAACAAUCAACACAAGAUACUUCCGAAAUAAAAGAAAUGAAACUUAAUGUAGAUAAUAAAUCACAUGACAAUAAUACGGGUGGUACGUCCAAUACAUCGAUAGUUAGUCAAGAGAAUUUAGAAAGGCGUUUAAAAAUUGAAGAAGAAGUUACAUUUUUAGGCGCACAGAAAGCAAUAGCAUUCAUGCUUCCCGAUGUUAUUGAAGAUGAACCAGAAGAUCUACCCAAUGAUUUUUAUGACUUGACAAUAGAAGAAGUUCGUAAACUCUACCAUGACCUGCAACAACAUCGUUUGGAAUUAGAAAAUACACCACUGAUUACAGCCAAUAAACGACAAGAAGACGUAAAACAGACAUCGCAGCAAAAACUACUUGCAUACAAAAAUGUAGUAGUUAGAGUUCAAUUUCCAGACCGAAUAAUACUACAAGGAGUUUUUACACCGACUGAUACUAUAGAAAAUGUGACAAAUUUCAUUAAAUCUUAUCUACAAACACCUGACAAGCCAUUUCAUGUUUUUACAACACCUCUAAAGGAAACAUUAGAUCCAAAAAGUACAUUAUUUGACGCAAAAUUUGUACCCUGUGUUCAUAUGCACUUUAAAUGGCUGGACGAUCAUAAUGGACAACCAUAUCUUAAGGAGGAAAUAUAUUUAAAGAGUACUAAUAGUGAUGCAGCUAGUAUUUUAGCGUCUAAAUAUAGAGCGCCAAGCCGAAGAAAUUUGGACAUGUCAUCAGAUAGUACACAAAUACCUAAGAAGGAUCAGCCAUCAACAUCCAAACUUAGUAAAGUUCCAAAGUGGUUUAAAUAGCAAUUCAUAAAUAU